UCGUCCCCGGCACACAUGAUUGUGUCUCACCUGCGGGUCCUCGACUCUCUGCUCCUCUGGCUCUUCAUGGCCGCGUUUCGCUUCACUCGACUUUAUUCUGCCUUUAACUGGUUUAGGCGCAGCGCGUGUUCAUUCUGGCGCUGUGCGAAAAGAGUGCUCUUUCCGAUAGGCGCGUACGUCUUCCCGCUACGCUGGCUCGAGCGCAGCGGCGGCGACUCCGGUGAGCUCGAGCGCAUCGGUGACGACCCAGGUGAGCUCGAGCACAUCGGUGACGACCCAGGUGAGCUCGAGCGCAUCGGCGGCGACCCAGGUGAGCUCGAGCGCAUCGGUGACGACCCAGGUGAGCUCGAGCGCAACAGCGACCCAGGUGAGCUCGAGCGCAUCGGUGACGACCCAGGUGAGCUCGAGCGCAACAGCGACCCAGGUGAGCUCGAGCGCAUCGGUGACGACCCAGGUGAGCUCGAGCACAUCGGUGACGACCCAGGUGAGCUCGAGCGCAUCGGUGACGACCCAGGUGAGCUCGAGCGCAACAGCGACCCAGGUGAGCUCGAGCGCAUCGGUGACGACCCAGGUGAGCUCGAGCGCAACAGCGACCCAGGUGAGCUCGAGCGCAACAGCGACCCAGGUGAGCUCGAGCGCAUCGGCGACGACCCACAGAAGGUCGAGGAGUCUCGCCCCGAGUCCGCCGGGAAGAGGACCGCGGACUCCGACCGAGAGCUCGCCCCUAAAAGGCCGAAGUUUGAGAAAGAAGAGGGCGAGUUUGACGGCGAGGAGUACCGAGUCGACCCCUCGGAGGGCUGGUGCUGCGGCUAUGACUCAACGUGGGAGGCGGAGGAGCCUCCGCGGGGCGCGCGCCGGAGGGCCAAGCGGCUAGCAGCGCGUUAUUUCGGCAGAUUUGAAAGUGCUGCAAGAGACAUGCAGAACUACAGACAUGGCUACCCUAAUUCCCCACAAUCCCAGAUCCGGCGGCAACGCUUCAACCAAGCAUAUGACGACAAGCCCAAUCUGCAGUUCUACCUCGGAAACAAGUGCUCCGAACCCGACGGCGUCUAUAUAAACAGUUUCCACCAGGAUUGGUACGGAGAUUAUUCCAAACUGGAGUCUGUACACUCCUACAUUCAGUGGUUGUUCCCACUGCAGGAACCCGGGAUGAACUCUGAGGCGCGUACACUGACAAAAGAAGAAAUAAAGGAGUUUUGUGAAAACGACACGGCGAAGGCCAACCUGUUGACGUCCUACAGGCUCAUGUUGGACUUCUACGGCAUCGAGUUGUGCGACGAGAACACCGGCGAGGUCAAGAGAGCGUCGAACUGGAAAGAACGAUUCGAAAACCUCAACCGUCGGACCCAUAACAACCUGCGCAUCACCCGCAUCCUCAAGUGCCUCGGCACCCUGGGGUACCCUCACUACCAAGCCCCCCUGGUGCGCUUCUUCCUGGAGGAGACGCUCGUCCACGGAGAGCUCCCGGCGGUCAAGGACAGCGUCCUCGGCUACUUCCUGUUCGCCGUCCUCGACAAGGAAGAACGCAGGAAGCUCGUCAAGUUUGCCUAUUUGAGCUACUCCGCCAAAGAGGAGUUUGUGUGGUGCCCCGGAAAGAUUCAGAGGAUCUGGUCGCGGGGAAUCGGAGGCGGGAACGAGGCCUCCGAGCUGAAGCGGAGCCUGUUGAGUCAAUACAGCGAUGACGAAGGCCAGGAUGAAGAAACUUGAGCACUGCCCGAAAAUCCAUUCUGUUCUAAUGUAUACUCUACUGUACGAAUACUCUACUGUACGUAUACGGCUCACUGAUCGUCAGACACAAUACGUGAUAUUGGUCGUCAUUCAGACCGCUUCACGAAUGGUUAUGGCGAUAAAAAAAGACAGGAGUGGACAUGGGGGGGGGGGGGGGGGUUAUUACCCAAUAAUGUUGGAGACAGAUGCUGCUAAUACAGGCUGAUGUUCCCACGGUACUGCAGUGGCUUAUUGUGCAGUUAUGUAUGAAAGUUCUUUUGUUUACUUUAAUUCUCACUUAGGUUUCUGGACUUCUAUUGUUGUUUGUUUUUAUGUUUUUUAACUUUUUCACGGAGCAAAAGAUGCAAUAUUUUCCAACCUGUAAAAAAGCUCUCGUGUAUUAAUACCUUCACAUUUACUGACAUAUUUUACCCUCGGGGUCAAUUUGACCCCAGCAAUUAAAACCUCCAGAAAAUUAUUAGAAUUAAUAUUGUUUCCCAAGUUUAAGUGUGAGGUACUUUAUGUUUGUUUGUUGACUACCUAAAUAGCCCUUUAAAUAUAUAUAAAAAGUUGAUAUUUCUUAUAUGUUUGACACAGUGAAAAACAGCCUGGGGUCAAAUUGACCCCAAAGAACACCGACAUUAAACAUUGAAUGGGGUCAAAUUGACCCGAAAGGUAACAGGAGGGUUAAAAGUGUGUAUGGUGUGGAUGAGUAUGCCAACUAGCUCGAUAGUUUGACUGGUUAAUAAAUAAAUCUCUACUUUCAUAUUCA